AUGGAUUUCUUGAAUUCAUCUGAUCAAAACUUGACCUCAGAAGAACUGUUAAACAGAAUGCCAUCCAAAAUUCUGGUUUCCUUCAUUCUCUCUGGACUGGCACUGAUGACAACCACCAUUAACUCACUUGUGAUUGCUGCAAUUAUUGUUACCCGAAAGCUGCACCACCCAGCCAACUACUUAAUUUGCUCCCUUGCAGUCACAGAUUUCCUUGUAGCCGUUCUGGUGAUGCCUUUCAGCAUUGUGUAUAUUGUGAGAGAGAGCUGGAUUAUGGGACAAGUGGUCUGUGACAUCUGGCUGAGCGUUGACAUUACAUGCUGUACAUGUUCCAUCUUGCAUCUCUCUGCUAUAGCUUUGGAUCGGUACCGGGCAAUCACUGAUGCUGUUGAGUAUGCCAGGAAAAGGACUCCCAAGCAUGCUGGCAUUAUGAUUACCAUAGUUUGGAUUAUAUCUAUUUUUAUCUCUAUGCCUCCUCUAUUCUGGAGGCACCAAGGAACUAGUCAAGAGGAUGAGUGCAUCAUCAAACACGACCACAUCGUUUCCACUAUUUACUCAACAUUUGGAGCUUUCUACAUCCCAUUAACAUUGAUUUUGAUCCUCUAUUACAAAAUAUAUAAGGCAGCAAAGACGUUAUAUCACAAGAGGCAAGCAAGUAGGAUUGCCAAGGAGGAAAUGAAUGGCCAAGUCCUUUUGGAGAGUGGUGAAAAAAGCUCUAGACUAGUCUCCACACCGUACAUGCUAGAAAAGUCUUUAUAUGAUCCAUCAACGGACUUUGAUAAAAUUCAUAGCACAGUGAAAAGUCCCAGGUCUGAAUUCAGGCAUGAGAGAUCUUGGAGAAGGCAAAAGAUCUCAGGCACAAGAGAACGCAAAGCAGCCACUACCCUGGGAUUAAUUUUGGGUGCAUUUGUAAUAUGUUGGCUUCCUUUCUUUGUAAAAGAAUUGGUUGUUAAUGUCUGUGAAAAGUGUAAGAUUUCUGAAGAAAUGUCAAAUUUUUUGACAUGGCUUGGAUAUCUCAAUUCCCUUAUAAACCCACUGAUUUAUACAAUCUUUAAUGAAGACUUCAAGAAAGCAUUCCAAAAACUUGUGCGAUGUCGAUGUUAGUUCAAAGAAGUUUAUCAUGAAAAGGUUGGGAUUCUAUUGAGGUGAAGUAACCAAAUGAAUGUUAAAUAAAACAUUUAAAAUUUUAGAAGGAAUUAAAGCUGCUAAGAUGAUAUUAAUAUAUAUUUUAAUAGCAAUGUGCAUAUACAAUGUAC